UUCUGUUUAAAUAGCCUGGCGACCCCGCGGCCCGAGUACAAGAUGCCAGAACAACCAUCAUCACCGCAGAAUAACUCACUCUUUUCUCUGAACUUGGAUACCAACGCCGAGCACAUUCGACAGAGUGUAGAAGACCACAUUAACCGUAAAACAUCCCACUCAAGAGCAAAUUCUCAAGAUCGCGACGAUCAACGGCACCGACAGCAACAGUCCAGCGUCGAAACCCUAAUCAGGCCUUUCGAACACACUGUCCAAAAAACCUUCGAAGGCGUUCUCAGAGAGAAACGCACUUCUUCUCCAGUCGGGAAGAAGAUUGUCAGUGUAGGUAGUGGAAAGUUGAGCUUGGAAACGCAGACAAACGUCAUCGGUACCCCUUCAACUACCAAGACGGUUCUCAAGCAAGAUAUUACCGGUGGAAACACGCAUCGUCGCGAGCGAGAUACAUAUACCGUCGCCAGUUUACCCAUCGAGGAUCAGUACGACACGAGUGAAUUGUAAAGCACAACUCUGCCACGAAGCAAAAAACCGCU